AUGGCAAUAUGCCCCUAUGCUCGAGCACUUUUGUUCCCUCCAUUGGCUGAAAUUAACAUCUUUACUAAAGUCCCUGGAAUAGCCCAACAAACCAGCAAGCUGGGGUCUGUGCUCCAACGUGCGUUUUACGGGUCCAGUGGGAAGGUGACCCUUUUUGAGCAGAGGAACUUUGCCGGCCAGCGACUGGACCUCAGUUCAGACUGCCAGAAACUGAGCGACAAGAAUUUCCCUGAAAGAUGUAACUCUGUGCAAGUGGAGAGUGGAGCCUGGGUGGGCUAUGAGCAUGAACACUUCCGUGGGCGCCAGUAUUUGUGGGAUAUGUCUGAUCGGGGCGAAUAUAAUUGCACAGAUAGGUGGUGUGGUCAGAGUGACCGCAUCUCCUCUGUACGCUCUGUGAAGCAGGAUACAAACCCUCCACGUGCUCAGCUGUUUGAGAGGCAAGGUUUCUCUGGGAGAAAGAUUGAGCUCCAGGAUGACAUCCCCAACCUCAUGACAAGAUAUAACCUGAACAGAGCUGCCUCAAUCCGGGUGCUGGGUGGCGCCUGGGUGUUGUACCAGGAGCCCAAUUACAGAGGAUCCCAAUAUAUCCUGGAGAGGAAAGACUAUAACAACUUCUCAGAUUGGGGCGCUCAGAACAGCACUGUGGGCUCCAUACGCAAAAUUCGCUUCAGCUGA